AUGUCGAGCAGUACCAGAGGUCGCGCGGGCAAAUACUCAAAGGCGAAGCGAGGAGGCGGAAGACAGUUUAGCAAAAAUCUUCGACCACUCGACGCCGAUGGUGCUGAACGUUCCAUGUGGGCAGAGCCCGUAGCUGAAGAUUCCGAUGAGGACGAAGAGGAGGAGGACUCUGAUGAAGAUUCCUCAGAAGAGGAUGGCGAGAAGCCGGAGAUGACCCGUGAAGAACGGCGCGCCGCUGCGAAAGCGAAGAAAGAAGCUGCCAUCCUAAAGAAGAAGGGAGCGCCUGCGCCUGGCGAUCUCCCUUCAAACAGUGACGACGACGAGGAUGAAGACGACGAUAUGCCCGCCAACCCCAACCACAGCAGUGCCGCGCGGAAGCAAGCUGCCAAAGUCGCCGAACCUCCGUCCGCGGACGAUGCUGCUAAGAAGCCAAAGAAGCCUGAAGAUCUUUCACAAUUAUCGCGACGCGAACGAGAAGCUUUCCAAGCAGAGCAGGCUAAGCUGAGAUACCAAAAGAUGCAUAUGGAGGGCAAGACGGAUGAGGCUCGUGCGGACAUGGAGCGACUGAAGUUGGUUCGUCAACAACGCGAGGAAGCUGCAGCGAGAAAGGAGUCGGAAAAGCAAGAGAAGGAUCUUAUCGAUGCGGAGAAGAAGGCGCAGAUGGAGCGUCUAGCACGGCAGCAGGCUCUGAAGGCCGCGCGAGGUGGUCGGGGAGGGAAGAAAGGAGGAAAGGCUUAA